UCUAAUCCUGGCCUCACAUGGAGGCUUUAUUGUUUCCCUGUUAGGUAGAUUCUGUGUGCAGCAUUUUUCAAGUCCCUUUGCUGUGCUCUGACCCUCCCCAACACUAAAUACUGUAGAUGCUGAACCAGGAGAUCUGGAUCUUGUGAGUAUAAAAGCCAGUAAAGUGGAGAUAUUCAGUGCUAGCUGAAGGACACUGCUCUUCCUGCCUUUGAAUGAUCAUCAUGGGGGACUCCCCUUGAAGACACAUUUGUGAAAGUUACUACUAAGGAAAGUCUAGAGGUUUUUCUGCCCAUGCUGACACUACAGGCAUGGCAUCUGCUGAUUUGAGAGACGAGUUGGACUGCUCCAUCUGUCUGCACACAUAUACAGAUCCUGUAAUGCUGAGAUGUGGACACAACUUCUGCCGGGUCUGUAUUGUUCGUGCACUGGAUACGCAGGACCAGUCCGGAGUUUAUACCUGUCCUGAAUGCAGAGAAGAGUUUCAGGAGCGGCCUGCAUUGAUGAAGAACUUUGCUUUGUGUAAAAUAAUGGAGAAUUUACUACUUACUCAACCAAGAGAGGCGAAAACUGGGAUCUUCUGCACUUACUGUGUGGACUGUCCUGUACCUGCUGUUAAAGGCUGUCUACACUGUGAGGCUUCUCUGUGUGAUAAACACCUGAGAGUUCACAGCAAGUCAGCAGAACACAUCUUAUCUGAACCCAGCACUUCUCUGGAGAACAGGAAAUGUUCUGUCCAUAAGGAACUCUUAAAGUAUUGCUGCACUGAGGAUGCUGCUUGCAUCUGUGUUUCCUGCAGUUUGGUUGGAGAACACUGGGGACACCGAGUGGAAAUGCUGGAUGAGGCCUAUGAGAAGAAGAAGAAAAAAAUGAGAAAUGUUCUACAGAAAGUGACCAUUAAAAGGGAGGUGAUAGAAAAAAGAGCCCAGAGUCUGGUAAAACACAGGAGAAAAACAAAAGACAAAGCAGCUAAUUUAAAAGGAAGAGUCACUGCCCUGUUUACAGACAUCAGAAAACAACUGGACGACCUUGAAAACAUUGUCCUGAGCGAGAUCUCAAGGCAGGAAGAGCAGGUGUUACUCUCAUUCUCUGCUCUGAGUCAGAAAAUGGAAAUCAAGAAGGAUGAGCUUUCCAGGAAGAUGAGACUCACUGAGGAGCUAUGUAACAUGACUGAUCCACUGACUGUCUUACAGGAACCACACACAGGUGACUUGUAUAAUCCAGAGGAAGAGGAAUGUGAUCAGAACACAGGUGUCUAUGAUAAACCAAUUCAUGAUGUAGAUGAUCUGAAUGUGGCUGUGGUCUAUGACACAUUACACACAUUAUGGGACAUAAUAACAGGAAUAAGGAGAGGGAUCUAUGUGGAGGAUCCUGCAGACAUAUUACUAGAUGUUAAUACAGCUGGUAAUUAUAUCCUUAUAUCAGAAGACCUGAAAACUGCAUCCAGAACCCUAAUAAACCAGAAUCGCCCAGAAACAGCAGAAAGAUUCCAGUAUAAUCAAGUUUUAAGCAGCAAGACUUUUUCUUCAGGGCGACAUCACUGUGAUGUGAACAUCAGUAAAGCAGGGAGUUGGAGGGUGGGGAUGUGUUAUCCCAGUAUGGACAAAGGGGACUUCAGUCAUAUAUUCAGCGGUAAUAAGAAGUCCUGGGGUUUAUUUGGUGGGAAGUGUAAUACUCAGUAUGGAGUAAUACAUGACACUGCAUAUAUCCAGUUACCUCACAAGAUCUCCAGUAAUAGAGUCAGAAUAUAUGUGGAUUAUGAGGCCGGGCAGUUGUCCUUUUAUGAGCUGUGUGAUUACAUCAAACACUUGCACACCUUCACUGCCAUCUUCACUCAACCACUUUAUGCUGUAUUAUGGCUCCAUGAUGGUUGUCUGAGAAUAACAGAGACUUGUCACAAUCUGUAAGACUUGAUAAUAUUGUGAAAAAUCCACCCACAGCCUGGCAGAAAAACAUAAUGUGGAACGUAAGUGCUAGGGCAUACAACCAGUAGGAGUCUUCUUCUUCAGGAACAUGUGACACCACUGAUGGACAUCAACAUCAUAAUUUUUUUUCAUCUUCCUUAAUAAUUGAAUCAUGAUUAUAUGUAUUAUAUUACUCUUUCCAAAUUUCUUUACAUCCUUUUGUAAAUGCACCUUACACCAGGGAAGAGGUAUGUACACAUGCCAGGUAUGGAUUUCAACAGGUAUUUGGUAUGAUUGUCACGUGGUAUUUCACAUAAUGCCUGUGUGAA